GCGACUUGCGCGAUGGCGGCGGCGGCGGCGGCGCGGUGGCUGGGGCUGCGAGCGGUGUGCAUGGGGCCGGGACGCACGGGCGCGGGGUGGGCGCGAAGCCUCGCCGUCCCCAGCGUGCUGUUCCCACAGGCCCCGGCCCGCGCUGCCUGGACGCGCGUCGCAGUCGCCUCUCGCUCGGGGGUGGCCUGGGGGCCGAGCAGGUGUGGCAGUUCUAUGGCAGAAGCACCUGCCACAAAAACGGAAGAUGACUCCUUUCUCCAGUGGUUUCUGCUUCUCAUCCCUGUGACUGCCUUUGGCCUAGGGACUUGGCAGGUCCAGCGUCGGAAAUGGAAGCUGAAAUUGAUUGCAGAAUUAGAGUCUAGAGUUAUGGCUGAUCCCGUCCCUCUGCCAGCAGAUCCAAUAGAACUGCAAAAUCUGGAGUAUAGGCCAGUUAAGGUCAGGGGGCGCUUUGAUCACUCCAAAGAGCUGUACAUGAUGCCCCGGACCAUGGUGGAUCCUGCCCGGGAGGCCCGGGAAGCUGGUCGGAUCUCCUCCUCAACUGAGAGUGGGGCCUAUGUAGUCACCCCCUUCCACUGCACCGACCUGGGAGUCACUAUUCUGGUAAACCGAGGGUUUGUCCCAAGGAAGAAAGUGAAUCCUGAAACUCGGCAGAAAGGCCAGGUUGAAGGAGAAGUGGACCUAGUCGGGAUGGUGAGGCUUACAGAAACCAGGAAGCCCUUUGUUCCUGAGAAUAAUCCAGAAAGGAACCAUUGGCAUUACCGGGACCUGGAGACCAUGGCUAGGGUCACAGGCGCAGAUCCUGUUUUUAUUGAUGCUGACUUCCAGAGCACAGUACCUGGAGGACCCAUCGGAGGGCAAACCAGAGUCACUCUGCGGAAUGAACACAUGCAGUACAUCAUUACCUGGUAUGGACUGUGUGCAGCUACAUCAUACCUGUGGUUUAAAAAAUUCCUGCGCCGGACACCUGGCAUGUGAAGAAGUCAGUACAGAAUGGUCCCUAAAUAAUCAGAAGGUCCCUGCAUAGAUGGCAUUUCAAGAGACUUGAUUUUACUGGAUCAUGUAUUAUCAGUAUAAAUAAAUGCUUUAUAGACUCA